UACAUAUUACUUGCAGUAGAUUAUGUGUCUCGAUGGGUAGAGGCAGUGCCAACUAGGAAAGAUGAUGCUUCUACUGUUGCCAAGUUUUUACGUUCUCAUAUCUUUUGCAGGUAUGGCAUUCCAAGAGCAAUCAUCAGUGACCAAGGAACACACUUCUGCAACAGGACCAUCAAGUCUCUAUUGGCUAAACAUGGAGUCAAUCACAAGCUGGCCACUCCUUAUCACCCUCAGACGAAUGGGUUAGCUGAAGUCUCUAACCGGGAAGUGAAACGAAUACUUGAGAAGAUUGUGAAACCAUCCCGUAAGGACUGGAGUGAAAGGCUUGAGGAAGCUCUUUGGGCUUACAGGACUGCCUACAAGACCCCUAUAGGCAUGUCCCCCUUCCGGUUGCUCUAUGGCAAGGCUUGCCAUCUACCUAUGGAGAUCGAGCACAAAUCUUAUUGGGCAAUCAAGGCAUGUGAUGCAGAUCUCGAAUCUUCACUAGUCAAUCGGAAGAUGCAACUCCAAGAACUUGAAGAAAUGAGACUUGAAUCCUAUGACAAUGCCAGAAUCUACAAAGACAAGCUGAAAAUGAUUCAUGACAGACAGAUUCUGAGGAAGCAGUUUUAUGAAGGUGACAAGGUUCUAAAGUUUAAAGCCCGGUUGAAGCUGAUGCCCGGGAAGUUUGUCACCAAGUGGGAAGGUCCGUUUAGAGUUACUAAAGUAUAUCCCUUUGGCACGGUAGAGCUCGUAGAUGAGGAGACCGGUAUAACUUCACAAGUCAACGGCCAUCUACUGAAGCACUACCAUGAGAAUCACAGACCUCCCUGAUCACCCGGUUGUUCCCUUCCACCCUACUCUUUUACUUUCUGUUGUAUUGCUGGUGAUAUCUGUUUGCUGAGAUAGUUAGGAGUUCUUGGAAGAUUCAAAAAUA